AUUAUUUAAAUCCCAACCCAUGAACUUCCAAACCUUCAAAAAACAAAAAACAAAAUGUUAUUCCUACUCCUCGCUUCUCUCUUCUUCAAUACUUGCCUCCAUUCAACCUCCGCCUACGAAGACCCCCGCUUCACUCUUUGCACCACCACCACCCCCACUUACACCCCCAAUUCCACCUUCUCCGCCACUCUCACAACCGCCCUCACCACUGUUCAAACCACCACUGCCGCCACCGGCUUCGCCACCACCACCGCCACCAACCCCACCACAAACACCUCCGUCACCGCCCUCGCCCUCUGCCGCUCCAGCAUCUCCCCACCCGACUGCCAAACCUGCGUCGCCGCAGCUGCCUUGGGUAUUCGCCGUGAAUGUCCAAAUAACACAGCGGCGCAAGUUUGGUACACUUUCUGCAUGCUCCGGUACUCCCCCAUCAACUUUGUAAACCAAUCAGACACCUCCAUCGCAUUCCUUCUAUAUGACACGCGCGACGCGCCGGAUGAAUCCUCGUACGAUCUCAAGGUCAAUUUGUUAAUCAGGAACCUAUCGUAUGCCGCCGGUGCAUCGGAUAAUAGAUCUGCCGUGGGGAGGACUGCAUUGAUCGGGAGUCUAAACAUCUAUGGGUACGUGGAUUGCACCCGAGAUAUCAACGGCGGAGAUUGCACCACGUGUUUGUUAACGGCUACUUAUUCGAUUCCGUCAUGUUGUCUUGGGAAGUGGGCCGGGUGGAUUGCCACUCCCACGUGUAACAUUCAGUUCAAUAUGGACCCCGUCCACGAGAACUGGAUUAAUAAUCCACAAGAAAUUGACAUAGAUAUUUCGUCGCCGGUGCCGGAGGUGGGGCCGGCGGCAGACGAGGGUGGUUUGGGUGGCGGCGGAGGAGGCAGGAAGGAGAGGAGUGUGGUGUUGGGGGUGGGGGUGUCAUUUGCGGGAAUAGUGGUAGUGGGGGUGGGGGUAAUAUGGUGGAGGCGGAGGGUUGAGAGAGGGAAGAAUGCGGAGGAAACAAGGGAUAAUUUUAUGGGGGAUAACUCUAUGAUGAUGAGAGAGGAUAUGGGGGUGAGAUCUUUGUUGUAUGAUUUGGAAGUGUUGGUGGCUGCAACGGAUAAUUUUUCUCCGGCGAAUCGGAUUGGUGGUGGAGGAUUUGGCUCUGUGUACCGGGGGAAAACGCCUGGGGGGGAAGAAAUAGCAGUGAAAAAGCUGAAAGCUGGUUCAACGCAAGGAAUUGAAGAGUUUUCAAAUGAAGUCCGAUUACUGCUGAAAAUGCAACAUAGAAACCUAGUCCGAUUGCUCGGGUGCUGCAUUCAGGGGGAGGAGAUGAUGUUGGUCUACGAGUAUUUGCCUAACAAGAGCCUUGACUACUUCCUCUUUGACAAGAGUAGGAGCGCAUUACUCGACUGGACAAAGCGAUUUAACAUUAUAAAUGGUGUGGCACGAGGACUUUUAUACCUACAUGAAGAUUCUCAACUUAGAAUCAUCCACAGAGAUAUCAAAGCGAGCAACAUCCUACUCGAUGAACAGAUGAACCCGAAAAUAUCGGAUUUUGGCUUAGCAAGACUCUUUAGUGAUGAACAAAGUCGUGACAGGACUCGUCGAAUUAUGGGGACGUUUGGUUACAUGGCUCCAGAAUAUGCUAUUCGAGGAGUGGUUUCAACCAAGAGUGAUGUUUUCAGUUUUGGUGUGUUUAUGUUGGAAACAAUAAGCGGAAGAAAGAAUUUUGACAUAAAGCUUGACGAUGAAAGAAAAGAGCUCCUGAACUUCACAAUGAGGCUAGAACAAGAAGGCAGGCUCAUGGAGUUGGUCGAUGUGACAAUGGGUUCUUUCCCUCGAAACGACGUACUAAGAUGCAUCCGGAUUGGGUUAUUGUGCUGUCAAGAGAGUGUACAAGAUCGGCCAACGAUGUCUUCGGCAUUGCUAAUGCUCACAGACAAUUUAGUAACACUACCUGCUGCCGGAAGACUUGGCUACCAGGAUGCCAGGGAUGACCCAAUAAUCCCAAACGAUGGUAUAAAUCCAGCGAGUUGUACCCGUAAUUCAAUUACCAUGUCAUUAGCCAAUGGUAGGUGAUUUCGCAGCCUAUUAACUGGUCAGGGAUCCUGAGUACUUAUUUGCAUACAUAGGGUCCUCUUUAUGGGCCGGGCGGUCCAGUUGGAGGCAAAUGUCGGCCCAUUCUAAGCCCAUAGGCCACAUUCGUAGUUGAAUUGCUUACUUUUUAGAUCUCGUCGAGAACGUCAAUCCUAUUGAAAAGUGUAUUAGUCAAAUUAAUAUCAAUAUCUGAUCAUUUCUUCC